CACGACGUCUUCGCACCAACAUGACCACCCCGGGCCAGCCUCUCGAGCUGCCGCCCGUGCAGGCGCAACAGCCGGCGCCAGCGCUGGGCGCAGACGGCACCGCGGCGCCGCCGCCCGCGGCGCACGACAGCAAGACGACGACGCUCGUCGGCGCCGUGCUGGGCGACGCCAGCGCCCAGGCGCACCGCGAGCACCACGAGGUGAAGCGCAGCCACGUCGAAAAGGCAGACGUCACGCCCGAGCACGUCAAGGACAUCGACGGCGCAGAUGAUGAGGCACCUGCUGUGGCUGAUGGCGACCCGGACCGCGCCGACGACCCGGGCCUUGAUGACCUCGGCUGGAGCGAGGACCCAAGCGUGCCUAUCCCCGUGGUGAAGAGCAUCAAGAACGAGGAGCUCUGGCUGCUGAUCCGCCGCUUCAACGGCCAAGUCGCGCACGUCAAGAAGCUCGACGAGCCGCCGCAGGGCGGCAUCGACCUGAACAUCGCCGACAAGGACCCCUUCACGCCCGAGAAGCUCAAGGCGACGCUCGAGCGUCUCUACCUCACCAUCGGCCUCGGCCUCGCCGCCUUUGUCAAGCACAUCGCGCGCGUGCGCUCGUGGCAUGAGCGCCGGCGCAGCUCCGUCUUCGCGGCGACGUACACGCUGGCGUGGGUGCUGGACAUCGUCGUGCCCGUGUUCCUGCUCUUCACCAUGGUGCUGCUCGUCUCGCCGCGUGCCCGCGCCGUGCUCUUCCCGCACGCGCCGCUCGCCGCCAUCUCGGCCAAGACGGGCGAGGCACGCGUGCCGCAGGCGGGCCAUCUCGGCUCCGAGUCGCUCACCGGCGCGCAGGAGGCGUACAAGGGCGAGGCGGCCGAGAUGGAGGCGCAGAACGCCGUCAAGAGCAUCUCGAAGCUCGCCAUCACGACUGCGGUGGGCGGAGGCGCCAAGAGCACCGAUGACACCAAGGCGCUGAGCGACGACAGCGAGGAUGAGCACGACGCACAGGAGAAGGAGAAGGGCGUCGUCAAGAAGGCCGAGCCGCUGUCCACCGUCACUGGCCAUGCCGUCUCGGCGCAGACGACAGCUGCUGGCACUGGCGCGGAGAAGACGGACGCUGCGACCGCCGAGGCCGUCGAUGCGGGCCUCUGGGCGUCGAUGCAGCCCUUCCUGCACAUUCUCGAGGACAUCGCUGACACAUGGGAACGCUUCGGCAAUGCCCUGUCCCCGACCGCGCCGUUUAGACAGCACCACGCACGCGUCUUUCUCGCCGGCAUCAUUGCGCCCAUCGUGCUGGCGUCCUACUUCAUCUCCUCGUACAUGGUCUACCGCGGCACUACGGCUGGCGUCGGCUUUGCCUUCUUCGCGCAGCCGCUGUUCGACCGCGUGCGCAUGUCGGACCUGCGCAAGUGGCUCGACAAGAACGUGCCGGACUGGCCGCGCUACCUCGAGCUGCGCAACUCGAUCCUCAAGGGCGUGCCCACCAAUGCCCAGCUGACCCUGACGCUGCUGCGCCUCGGCGAGGCCAACAAGUCGCCCCUGCCUCCGCCGCCGCCGCCGGACGCGGCGCCCGAGGCCACGGCGCGCGAGGGUCUCGACAUGGCGGAUGACCCGAACCUGCCCGAGGAGUACCGCGAGCAGCUGCGUGCUGCCGCGGCGGAGAAGCAGGCCAAGGAUGCCCAGGCUGAGCAGGAAGAGGAGGAGAAGGAGAAGGAGAAGACGCCCAAGAAGCGCAGUCGCAUCAUGCGCCUGUUCAAGGGUGCAACCGCCGGUGCUGUCGAGACGGGCCUCGGCGCGAACCGUGUCAAGGCGACAGCCGGCUUCGAGUCGGCGAAGCGCAAGGUUGGCGUCGUGAAGCGCGAGCUGGGGCCCGACGCACAAGGCGAUGGCCCCUCGUCCUUCCACGGGCGGCAUCGCGGCAAGCGUGGCCUGCUGCUCAUCAGCACGACGGCCACGACGCCGUGCAUCUCCUUUGAGCGCAAGCUGCCCGCCGGCGCGCGCGCUGCGCAGGCUGCGGCCGACGCUGCCAAGAAGGCGGCACCCGCGGGCGAGGAGACGACGACGAGCCGCAAGCUGGCGCAGACGGCGCAGAACGCACGCCCGGCGCCGCUGUUCUCGAUCCAGAUCGACGACAUUGCCGCGGUGCGCAAGCUGGGCGGCCUCGGCAUUGCCGGCAAGCUCGUCGUUGGCUGGGCGCUGGACAGCGUCGUCGCCGACGGCCUGGAGAUCACGACGACGCAGGGCGAGACGUUUGUCAUCUCGGCCCUGCCGCGGCGCGACGAGGUGUUCAACCGCAUCAUUGCGAUGGGCUCGACGAAGUGGGAGUCGUGGUAGAGCUGCGGCGCAAAAAGCAGUGGAGACGUGGCACAUAGAGACUCCGGACUGGCUUCAUUCUCUCGCGUCAUCGAGGACAUGGCACUCGGCGCGGGCCUCCAUGCCGUGCAGCAAUAGCAUGUAUCCCUUCUGCCAGAU